GGUGAGUGUCGUGCCUGCUGAACUUCCCGGGACCCGCCAGCCAUGCCAGGGAUUGUCGUGUUCCGCCGCCGCUGGUCCGUGGGCAGCGAUGACCUGGUUCUGCCAGCCGUCUUCCUCUUCCUCCUGCACACCACCUGGUUCGUGAUCCUGUCCGUGGUGCUCUUCGGGCUGGUGUACAACCCCGACGAGACCUGCUCCCUGAACCUGGUGGACCACGGCCGGGGCUACCUGGGCAUCCUGCUGAGCUGCAUGAUCGCCGAGCUGGCCAUCAUCUGGCUCAGCAUGCGCGGCAGCAUCCUGUACACCGAGCCCCGCGACUCCAUGCAGUACGUCCUCUACGUCCGCCUCGCCAUCCUGGUGAUCGAGUUCGUCUAUGCCAUCGUGGGAAUCGUGUGGCUGACCCAGUACUACACCUCCUGCAACGACCUCACGGCCAAGAGCGUCACUCUGGGGAUGGUGGUGUGUAACUGGGUGGUGAUCCUGAGCGUCUGCAUCACCGUGCUCUGCGUCUUCGACCCCACUGGCAGGACCUUCGUCAAGCUCCGGGCGACCAAGCGCCGGCAGCGCAACCUCCGCACCUACAACCUCAGACACCGGCUGGAGGAGGGCCAGGCCAGCAGCUGGACAAGGAGGCUCAAAGUGUUCCUUUGCUGCACGAGGACAAAGGACUCGCAGUCGGAUGCCUAUUCCGAGAUCGCCUACCUUUUCGCGGAGUUUUUCCGGGACCUGGACAUCGUCCCCUCGGACAUCAUCGCGGGGCUGGUGCUCCUGCGGCAGCGGCAGCGGGCCAAGCGCAGCGCCGUCCUGGACGAGGCAAACAACGACAUCCUGGCUUUCCUGUCGGGAAUGCCGGUGACCAGGAACACCAAGUACCUGGAUCUGAAGAACGCGCAAGAGAUGCAGCGGUACCGGGAGGUGUGUUACUACAUGCUCUUCGCGCUGGCCGCCUACGGCUGGCCCAUUUACCUCAUGAGGAAGCCCACCUGUGGACUCUGUCGCCUGGCCAGAUCCUGCUCCAGGUGCUGCUGCCUGUGUCCCUCCCGGCCCCGCUACGCCCCGGGCGUCACCAUCGAGGAGGACAAUUGCUGCGGCUGCAACGCCAUCGCCAUCCGGCGCCACUUCCUGGACGAGAACAUGACCUCCGUGGACAUCGUCUACACCUCCUGCCACGACGCUGUCUACGAGACCCCUUUCUACGUGGCCGUGGACCACGACAAGAAGAAGGUGGUGAUCAGCAUCCGAGGGACGCUGUCCCCAAAAGAUGCCCUGACGGAUCUGACCGGGGACGCCGAGCGCCUGCCAGUCGAGGGGCACCACGGGACGUGGCUGGGACACAAGGGAAUGGUGCUCUCUGCCGAGUACAUCAAGAAGAAGCUGGAGCAGGAAAUGGUGCUUUCCCAAGCCUUCGGCCGUGACCUGGGAAGAGGGACAAAGCACUACGGCCUGAUUGUGGUUGGCCAUUCCCUGGGAGCCGGAACUGCUGCCAUCCUGUCCUUCCUGCUGCGCCCCCAGUACCCCUCCCUGAAGUGCUUUGCCUAUUCCCCCCCAGGUGGGCUGCUCAGUGAGGAUGCCAUGGAGUAUUCCAAGGAGUUUGUGACUGCAGUGGUGCUUGGGAAAGAUCUGGUGCCCAGGAUCGGGCUCUCCCAGCUGGAGGGGUUCCGCCGGCAGCUCCUGGAUGUUCUCCAAAGAAGCACCAAACCAAAGUGGCGGAUCAUCGUGGGGGCCACCAAGUGCAUUCCCAAGUCGGAGCUCCCCGAGGAGCCGGAGGAGAGCUCUGUGCCGAGCCAGCGGCUGUGGGCCCACCCCAGCGACCUGACCAUCGCGCUGUCGGCCAGCACGCCCCUCUACCCGCCCGGCCGCAUCAUCCACGUCGUGCACAACCACCCCGCCGAGCAGUGCUGCUGCUGCGAGCAGGAGGAUCCCACUUAUUUUGCCAUCUGGGGGGACAACAAGGCCUUCAACGAGGUGAUCAUCUCCCCGGCCAUGCUCCACGAACACCUUCCCUACGUGGUCAUGGAAGGGCUCAACAAGGUCUUGGAAAACUACAACAAGGGGAAAACCGCUUUGCUUUCCGCAGCCAAGGUGAUGGUGAGUCCGACGGAAGUGGAUCUCACUCCGGAGCUGAUAUUCCAGAGCCAGCCCUUGCCCAGCGGCCCUUCCAUUCAGGUGGGAACCGGGGCCAUCCCAGCGGACAGGAGGAACAGCAGCACCAAGAGCAAAUCCCACUCGGAGAUCAGCCUGGAGGGGUUCUACGAGACGAAGCCGCUUUCCCCGGUGCAGAAGGACCCGGUGGAGCUGCUGCUCCUGGACACCAAGGAGCGCCUUUCCGUGGAGCUGCAGGACCGCCGGGCCCCUCUGGCCACCAUGGAGAGCCUCUCGGACAACGAGUCCAUCUACAGCUUCGACUCGCGGCGCUCCUCCGGCUUCCGGAGCAUCCGGGGCUCGCCCAGCCUGCACGCGGUCAUGGAGAAGGACGAGACGCACUGCUUUUACAUCGACCCCGUCAUCCCCGAGGAGAACCCUUCCCUCAGCUCCCGCACCGAGCUGCUGGCCGCGGACAGCCUCUCCAAGCACUCCCAGGAGACGCAGCCCCCGGAGAACGUCCUCAACAGCGGGGACACCACCCCCCGGCGCCGCUGCAGCGCGGAGGGCGCCGGGAGCGACGGCGAGCGCGGCCCCUCGUCCCCCCGGGAGGAGCCGGCGCUGCACAACGGCCGCCUGGCCGACGUGCCCAGCCCCCAGGUGCUGGAGUUCGCCGAGUUCAUCGACAGCCUCUUCAACCUGGACAGCAAGAGCAGCUCCUUCCAGGACAUCUACUGCAUGAUGGUGUCGGACAGCUCCAGCGACUUCGCCGAGCUCCCCAAGUCCGUGAGCGACCAGGAGAUCCUGCUGCGGGCGCAGUACGAGCCCAACCUGGUCCCGAAGCCGCCCCGGCUGUUCGCGGGAUCGACGGAUCCCUCGUCGGGCAUCUCCGUGUCGCCCUCCUUCCCCCUCAGCUCGUCCGGGGAGCUCAUGGACAUCACUCCCACGGGCGUGAGCAGCCAGGAAUGCCUGGCCACGGACAAAAUCCGGACUUCCACCCCCUCCGGACACGUAACCAGCCCCGCCAAGCAGGACGACCUCAUGAUUUCGGCCCUUUAGUGCUUGGGAACAGGGGUGGAAUGAUCCCGGUGGGAUAAUCCGUGGAGGAGAGGAGCGGUCGGGAUGGGAGGAGACGGCCGGGAACAUCCCUUCCGGGCUGGCGCAGCGGUGGCUGGAGGAUGGAUUGUGCUGGAAUGCCGUGCAUGGAGCCUGGGAGAAGCUUCGCCCCGUGGGGCCUGAGAGGGUCUGAGGCACUAAAAUUCCCUACCUCAGCCUGGCUCUCAUUCCAGAGGCAGAUUCCUUGCCCCGGGGCUCCUGCCGAGUUUGGGAGCGAGACACCCUGCUCUGGGAAUCCUCCGGGCUGGAUUCCCUGAAACUCGAGGCUGGAGAGUUGGAAGCAGGAGGGGGGCUGGGAUGGAUCCCCCCUCCGGAGCGCAGCCGCUGCUUUGGGAGAUGAGUGGGUUGAGACUCUGGGCCCUGUUGCACUACCACGGAUCCGGCCCGAGCUCCAACCCGGCCACUUCCAUGGGGAUUGCUUUUGUAGGACACUCCUGUUUUAAAGCCAUCGGGGCCGUAUCCCCCCAAAUCCAGCCUCCCAUUCCCGGCCGGGCGCAGCGGGAACGGGGCUGGCACCGUGUUUCCUCUCCCCCGAGUACUCCUGAGGGAAGGACGCUGUUCCCAAGAGCCAGAUCCCUCUGCCGCGUCCGAGCUCUCCUGGAUCUCACCACCGUCGCUCCCGGAUUCUCUGGACCCCUCUGAGCUGGCGACAUUCCCGCGGGACUGCCGGGAUUCUCAUCUCGGAGCUGCGUGGAGGGAUCGGCUGGAAAAUUGGCCCGGCGUUGUUUUCCGAGUCCCUGUGGAAUCCGGGAGCCUUUCCUGGGGUGGAUCCCUCUGGGUCCUCACGCCACCCAUGUGCAGCACCCAUGGAUCGGUGGCAGCCUGUCGUUGGGAAUUCAGGGAAAAGAUGGAUUUUUUUUUUUUUCCGAGUGUUGAAACCUUGUGUGUGUUUACAGAGCUGCUGUUGGGAAGGUAUUUAUGAAGGAAACAGGGAGGUUUUCCCAAAGGAAAAGCCCGGCCAUCCUCUCCUCCCCGUGCCUUUUCUGCUGGGGGCUGAGGGAAGAGAGGGUGGGCAGGCAGAAUUCCAAGUUCCCUGCUUUCCAGGUGGCUGGGAUCUGGGGGGAGCUGCCUGCAUCCCUCUCCCCCCUCCCUCUCCACUCCCCUGCACAAGCCCCUGGAGUGAAGGUGGAGGGAGUUGGGAUUGAAUCUGCCUGAGCUGCCCCAGGGUCCGGAGGAGCCUGCUCAGCCCUCCAGGCAGGUUUUCCAAUGAUGGGAGCAGCAGGAAAACUACCUAUUUAGGGAAUGAAACCCUUCUGUGACCUGGAAAAGGCCCUUCGUUGGCAAAGCAAAGCUCGGCACUUCCCGAGGGGUCUCCCUGGAGUUCUCUCCUCCUUCCCUGGAAAAGAAAGUCCCACUUUAACUUCCUUAGAAUCCUGUCCCCUUCCUUAGCUGGGAUCUUUCCACUGUGGGAGGAUGCUGUGCUUCCCGGGAGCCGGCAAAUCCCUGGGCUCCCCGUGGUGUCCCGAAGCCUUGGGAUGGGCCUUCCUUUGGGAAUAACUGGUAUCCAGCAGGAGCACUUUAUAACCCACGUGCACUGAUGGAAGCGACUCCAGGUGCACGGAAUUUCACUGGAAUCUCUGCCCGAGUGCUGGUAUCCCCCUCACCUGAUCCCGGGAUACACAUUCCCUGCUCCUUCCCUAUUCCAGAGCCUUCCGAAGCGCUUUCGGUGGGAAGUUAGAACGUUAUCCCUGUGGUUUAAGGUUCCAAGGGUGUGACCUUUCCCUGCGUGGAGCUGGAGCAGAGGAAGCCCCUGUGGAUUCAGAGGAAUGCGAGGAAGGAAAAAUCCUUUGGUUCCAGGCCAUGGGAAGCUCCUUUUGUUUUUGUAGGUCCUGUACAAAGGAGCAGGGUGGGGAGCUCAGCACAGCCCACUCCCUGCCCUCAGGAAGCAGCACCCAGGUGAUUUUUCAGGAAUACGCACAAAAACCCGGGAAGUUUGGAGGGGAAGAGGGGAGCUGAGGGGCAGGGGGGGCAGGGCUAGCAGGCUGGCUCACUUCCCAGCCCGGGAAUGGGAAUAAGGAGCUCAUUCCUGCCCUUAAUCCCGGCAGGAAUUAACCCUUAGCACUAAAGGCAGAGCUUUGGAUCUGCAAAGCACUUUAAAACCUUGAGGAAAGGAUCAUCUCCAUCCCUGGGAGCCGCAGGGACACCUGGGAUUGGGCUGGAUCCCCGGGGAGGAGGUGCCCUCAGGUGAGGAAAGUGGGAAUAUCUCCCUCCGGAACGAUUCCAGUCGGGAUCUGCUGGCGUUGAAUGGCUCAAAUGUUGCACUAGAAAGUCACUUCCCACCUGUGUCCUGGAAAACUCCAUCCUUGGCUGACUGGUCGCUUCUCUGGGCCAUUGGAACUGUAUCCCAUGGGAAGGGGGUUCCCUGGCCCUGACUGGAAGCAGCCUGGAAUGCUGCACUGAAAGCCUGGCAGUCCCUCGUUCCUGGGAGCUGGGCUUGCCAUGGAUCCAAGGAGUAAAGGUGGAAAGGAAUCCCCUGAGGGUUCAGGUUGUGCCAAACCGUGGACAGUUCCUGGGCUUUGGUGUUCCCUCCUGACACACAGAUCUGAUCCCAGUGCUCCCAAAGGAAAUCCGUGUUCUUGGAAUUAUUUCGGCUUUAAAUCUCUUUUUGUCUCGAUCCCCAUCCCUGUGUCUUGAUCCCCAUCAUUCCAAGUCUCAAUUCCCACCACUCCUUUGCUCUGAGGGCAUUUGGAAAGGCUGAUCUCCUGUUCCUUCCUGGAAAAGCCCCUCUGGAAUGCUGGAAUAAAUGCUAAACCCACAGCUGCCUCCUGCAUCCACACUGGCCACACUUCCUGCUUUCUCUGCCCACUCUUUCUUUGGAAAUGUGGAGCAUCUCCACAUUUUUCCUUGGCUUCUGCUUCCUCCCCUUAGCUUUGUGCCUUCCAAUCUUCCUGGAUUCCCGUGAUAUUCCAACAGGAUGGUCCACCCUGCGGCGAGGCAGCGCCGGAAGUGCCUGACAUCCCAAAUCCCAGGCACCCAGUUCCGGGUCACGUCCUCCAAAUCCAUUCUGAUCCUUUCCAAGGCCUUUAAAGGCCCUUUCCAAUGCAGAGGAUUCCGGGAGUUUCUUGGGAGAGGAGUGGAGCAUCUGCAUCCCUAGUAAUUGAUUUGCUUGUGGCUUUACCUGCGGCAGUGCCAGGAAUUUUGGGAAGGAUGUGCUGAGGGAUUUACAAGCCCUCCUCCAAUAUUUAUCCUUGUUCCCUCUCCUUCUCCAUUUGGAAUGUUGAAUUCCUCCUGAAACUUCCACUUCCCUCUUUUCUUUGCUCCCUGUUCCUCUCGCCUCAUCCCUCCUCUUAUCCCACAUCCUUGAUAGCUCCACUUGAACAGGGAAAACUGGUCCCUGCAAUCUCAGGAUGAUCCAAAGCAGUUAAAUGGAAUUCCUGGAAUUUUGAAGAACUUUUCUUCCCCAGGGAAAACUGGAUUUUUAGGAGAUGUUCUGCUCUCUCCAGAGGACUGGGAUGGCAAAGCUGGUGGUGAGUGUGGAUGUAUGAAUCCAAUGAUUCCCAUCUCCAUUUUUUGGGAUAUUGUUGCUUCAAUUCCUGAAGUAGUUGAUGGUCCCCAGAAGGAUUUAGGUGGGAAAUCUUUGUCCAGAAAGGAGGGAAAACACAGGAGGGAGGGAAAACUCCAGGAGCAGGAUCUAACAUAUUCCUCAGGCACUUGGAUGUUUUCCCAGCUUUUUUUUUCCUCUUUUCCUGCAGGCAGGUGAUAAUGUUGCCACGGAAUCCCCCAGACUGGAUUUCCAAACUGGGACAUAGGAAUAAUCAGGAUUAUCCCUGGAAAUGGGAAUUAAGCGGGAAUAGUCAUUGCUGUGUUUAGGUUUGUAUCCAUAGGGUUGGAUUUCCAUGUUUGCCUUGGGAAUUGCUGGGCUGGAGCUCUGCUGGCUUUAUCCCUGUCCAAUCUGGGAUAGCAUUCCCUUGGCAGUAGAACAUUCCAGCUUUGCAGGAUGGUAGCAGGAACAUUUCAUUCCCAUGUUUUUUUUAGGGAUAGGGGUUGUAACUGCAUCCUUUGGGGAACAUGCAAACGUUCCCAGGGAGGUUGGGGGCUCCUCACCCCUGACGUUGUUCCAGGCCAGCUCGGACAGGACUUGGAGCAGCCUGGAAUAGCGGGAGAUGUCCCUGCCCCUGGAGCUGGGGGGGCUUGAAAUCCCUUCCUGCCCCAGUCCUUCCGGGGCUCUGGAAUUCCAGCGUUCCUGCUGUCCCUUUAGGCAGGAAAGGGAGGGUUGCAAUUCCAGCAGCUGUUCUGAUGACAGAUCCCUUUGGAGGAAGGCACUGGGAAGCUCUGGCUGGAUCGGGCUCCUUGCACAUUCCCGGAGCCCGUGCGGGGCUGAUUUUAGGGAAGAGCCGCUGGAUUUCGGGACGAGCACGUUCCCUGUGCCAAAGCUCCCCCUCACGGUGCUCCUGCGAUGCUCCAAGUAUCCUGCGGGAGGCAAACACUGCCCGUCCUCGGGAAGGAGGAGAGGCAGGAAUGUUGCAGCUGGAAGCUGGGAUUCCAUGUGGGAGUUCUCGCUCUCCAGCGGGACCCAUAGUGGGGUUAUGGAUGGGAAGUGGGAUGGAUCAGGAGCCACCGAUGUCCUCCCCCCUCUUCCAGCUCCCAAGGAGCUGCCUAAGGGCUGGAAAUUCCAAAUAUCCAAGGAUUAGAGAAAUUCCUUGCUUUGUCACAGGGACCUGCAAUCCUGAAAAUCAGCAGCUGUCCCCAUUCCCGUUGUUUCCUUCCUUGUUCACUGAGUCCAUACUUCUUGUGCCUUUGUUUUCCAUGGCUUCAGGUCCCAGCCUCCUGCCUGGGACCGGAUUUUUGGGAUCAGACAUCUCCCGCUUCCUUUCCCGCUUCUCUGGGUCCGUGGAAUUGUGGCCACAGAGCUGCCUUUGCUUCUGAGCCCUCCCGUUCUCCCUCAGCGGGAAUUCCCACUUCUUCCUGCUCUUCCCUGCUGCCUCAGGUCGUAUCCAAGUGCCAAAAGCAAAUCCUGACCUGGGGCAGGAGGUUCCCUCAUCCCUGGCUCUGGAACAGCCACCUUCCAAAGGGAAGCUGCCUGGGAAUUUUCCCUGCUUUCCUUGCUGUGUCCUCACCGUGUCCCGACAUUCCCACCUUCCCAGGCACCCGUGGCAUGAGGGGAAUCUCUGCCUGGCUCCACCUUGAUUCCUGCAAACCCUUAAACACGGAGCAGUCCAGGAACAAGCCCCGAUGCUGGUUUUUGUUGGGAUUCCGCUUCCCUGCUCAGAUCCUGGGAUUUGUGCAGUCCCCAUGGCUCAGACUCGGAGGUCCUGGAGCAGCGGAAGGAGGUGGCACAGCCCUGCCCUGAUAUCCUGCUUUUGGGAAGUUCAGGGGUCGUGUCAGGGUGUUUUUCCCGGGACACAGCCAGACUUUUGGCUCUGAACUCCUUUCCCGGGAUGUUCCCGGUGCUCGGUGGGACGAGUGGCCUCCCCUGCAGCUCCAGCUUCCCGCUUUUCCCUCCCCCAGUCAGCUGAGCGAUGUCCAGGGAAUACUCCCGAGCUCCUGUCCUAGUGAUGAACAGAAUUCCUAAUGGCACAGGGGUUUUUGGGAUGGGCUGUGCCUCCCUUCCCGUGUCCGCGGGGCAGCAGGAAUGUUGUGCCCUACUCCGCCUCUGGAAAAGCCCUUUUUCCUGCUGUGCCCUGUGUCCCAUCCCGAGCUGGGGCAGCUCAGAGCAGGAAAACCGUGGAUCCAUUAACUCCUCGCCCCAAAUUGCCUCGGGAGAGCCGAAGCCUCUGGAAUUUUUGGGAGAACUCUGAGCUGCUCCGAGCGUUCCCCACGGGGCUCGGAGCGCUUGGAUAUAGGGAGGGGAGGGGGGACCAGCCCAGCUUCCUGCAUCCCUCUGCUCAUCCCGGGAAUGCUGCCUUCCACACCCCUGCUCCGAGCUGCCCCAGCAUGAAGAUUCCAAGGAAACUCAAGCACUUCCUCCCGUGCCAUUCCUUCUCCACGGGACUGUUUUUGUACCGCUGGAUGGAAGCUCCGAACUGAUCCCGCUGCAAAGAGCAGGCUCCGGAAUUAUAACCCUAUUCCAUAGAGAUGGAUGUAUAUAAAUUUUCUGUAUAUUCUAUGGCACUGUGUAUAAAAUGGAUGUUGGAAGCACG